GCUCCCAGACUGGAGUGCGAGUGCGGAUGGUGCUGAGCGCUUUGCUUAGCCAUUGGCUGAAAGAAGUACCGUACCGAUCGCCCUCAGCUCCCAUUGGCUGAGAAGAGCGGUGGGCAGGACCUUUGGCUAGAGAGCUAUGGUUUUCAACCAGGGCCAAUACGGAGACAAUAGGGGAACGCAGGACAGCUGGUGAAAUCCAUCGGGCUGCUGAGACAAGUGAAAUUACUCCAGACCGUCAACUAGUCGUUAACGGGAUUUGGUCUACAGUCGGUAGGACACAGAUGUGAGAGCCUUUACAAAUCACCUUAAAACGCUGUAACAUGUUCCGUCUUCAGCCUCCCAAGGCGGUAUCCUUCAGGCGUGUUUGGUCACAUUAAGGAAACAGUGGACAGAUUGAAUGUGAGAGCCACCAGUGACCCGCUCCACUCCUAUCUGCGCCAGCUUCUCCCCUGCCUCCUCACCUCCUCCUCCUCCUCCUCCUCCCUCGUUCGGAAUCAUGAGCUCCUCCCCUGUGGUGUCCAGCCCUCCCAUCAACAUUGUGGAGGAGCUGCAGGUCAUCACCGCCCAGAACCUGGAGAAACUGGAGGUCAACAAGUACUACGAGGUCAUCAGGGAGCUCGGCAAAGGCACCUAUGGGAAGGUGGACCUGGUUAUUCACAAAAUGAGAGGCACAAAGAUGGCCUUGAAGUUCCUUAAGAAAAAAACUACAAAGCUGAGGAGCUUCCUGAGGGAGUACAGCAUCUCGCUCUACCUCUCUCCCUGUCCCUUCAUCAUCAACAUGUUUGGCAUCGCCUUCGAGACAGAUGACUAUUACGUCUUCGCGCAGGAGUACGCUGUGGCGGGAGACUUGUUCGACAUCAUUCCCCCUCAGGUGGGUCUUCCAGAGCCGGUGGCAAAGCGCUGCGUCCACCAGGUGGCCAUCGCCCUGGACUACAUGCACUACAAGAAGCUGGUGCACCGCGACAUCAAGCCUGAGAACGUGCUCAUCUUUGACCGCGAGUGUCGCAAGGUGAAGCUGUCCGACUUUGGCAUGACACGGCGGGCCGGCUCGCCGGUGAAGCGUGUCAGCGGCACCAUCCCGUACACGGCGCCGGAGCUGUGCGGCGCCGCCGAGCCCUCGGAGGGCUUCUGCGUGGACCCGGCCACCGACGUGUGGGCGUUCGGCGUCCUCCUGUUCUGUAUGCUCACGGGCAACUUCCCCUGGGAGAAGGCGCUGCCCACCGACGCCUUCUACGAGGAGUUCGCCCGCUGGCAGCGCGCCCGACGCUCCGGCGGUCCCGUGCCCUCGCAGUGGCGCCGCUUCACCGACGAGGCGCUGCGCAUGUUCCGGAAGCUUCUGUCGCUGGACCCCCAGCGGCGCUGCUCGGUCAAGGAGGUGUUCCGCCACUUCGGCCGGCGCUGGAUGCUGGACACCGAGGUCGGGAUCGCCGGAGGCGCUGCUGCUGGCAGCGGAAACCACCAGGGGGCGCUGAGCUCCACUUCCGAGGAGGACGAGGAGGACGAGGACCUGCUGGUGGACCGCAUGAAGCAGCAGACGCUCUCGCCUGCGGUGUGUGGAGGCUCCAAGAUGGGCACCAUGGAGACGGGGUCACCACAGGGUCAUCGAUAUGCCGCUGUCGCACCCACCGGGUACGAGCGCGUGGCCAGAGACAACACAUCUGGCAGCCGCAUCCUGGUUACCACGCCCAUCGAGAUUUGCGUGUAAGGAUGUUCAGUGUACAAAACGGACAACAUGUACACAAAUGUCAACACUCAUCCUCUCUCUCUCACACACAUGCACACACACACACACACACAAUACCUGAAAGGACAGAAAAUGAACACGUAUAUUUCCAAACUUUAACUCUCACAGUGGACACAGAACUUCAGUUCCAGACUGAUUUUGUUAGUCAGCCUUUCUGGGAUCUGGGACUGCAGGACUCCGAGCUACAAUGGCCUGGUACACAAUGGUGACCGGCUUUCUCUUGUUAACAUUCCUGAUAGUGACAUAAAUAUCUCUAUAGAACCUCAGUAGGGACUACAUGACGAUAGAAGGCAGUGUCACCUUUCCAACUGUAUAAAUCAAACAAAACAUACCUGUAAGCAGAAUUAGACAGAAAGGUUCUAAUACAUAAAUUACCUAGAAUAAUGGAAAGUUGCAAAGCUGAAAUUUCUGAAAAUGCGAAAGAUGGAGACCUUUAGCAAAAAAUGUUUUUGAGAGCAAUAUACCUAUAUCAAGCAAAAAAGACCCCUUACAGGGAUAAUUUAGUGAACUGGUCCAAACUAUGGCAGAAUGUUGGCGUUUGCUAAAAUUCAACGCUGGAAAAACUUUCUUAAACAGAAUCUAAGAUGCUAGGAAGCCAACACAUAAAACUGCCCAACACAUUUUUACAAUGCCAAAAAACACACAACGGUUUUAUUUAAUGAUUGAUUGAAACCUUGAGCUCUCUGUGAUAUUCAGGAUGUUGAAUUAUGUACCUUCCAUUUACAUGAAUAUCUCAAAAAUUCUUCCUGAAACUUGAAUUUAGAUGCAGUUAUUUCUUUAAAAAACGGUAGUUUUAUUUGAAAUGGGCCCAUCCAUUUUAACCAGAAAAGAUGAAGAAAAUGUUUUGAAGUGUGUCGUAGGCACUUUAACAUUGACCCUAAAAUGUGGUAUGAAAGACACUGUUUACUUUGUACUAUGUACUGGGGCAUAAUGAUUCAGCGUUUUUAAUUCCUAUUGCUUUAUUUAAUUUAUUUGACAGCGAAAUAUAUAUUUUUCAAUUGGUUAUAUUGUAAUUAGCCAAGGGGUUUUUUAUUUUCUGUUUAUUGCCGUACAUAGCUAAUGUUGAUGCACUUGCGCCAAAUGGUACUUAGUAUUGCUUAAGUAAGUGCUGCUUACGUGCACAGUGAAACCAUCACCUAUUUUCUAUUUCCCUAUGAAGCUAUUACUAUCAUUAUUUUUACAGUCAAAAGCAGAGAUCACUAUACAUUUUUAGCAUUUUACAUUGUGGGUCAGAUUCCAAAGAGAGCCUACCUACAACCCCCCCCCCCCCCAAAAAAAUUACUUUAUUCUAUCUAUCCCUGCGGAUACAUCUGAAGUGACAUGGACAUUCUUAGUCCCCCUAUAUUUGGGGUUAUUAGUGCAAAUGAUUGUCCAUCCCAGUGGAAACACAACAGACUUAAGCUGUGUGUCACUGCCAGCCAGCUCGUCCCACGCACUGAAGCGAGACCACUCUGAUGCCUCUCGUCCCCAUUUAGAUGCGAUGAUUUACCACACCACACCAUCGAGGGGUUCUUGACUACAUAAAAAAAAAUGAUGUCAAUGUCAGACCAACUGAGGAUGACCACUUCAUGAGUGAGCCCAUCUCAGCAGUAGCUGUGGGUGAGUGGGGGUGCUCUGUCCAGGGGGAUACAAGGGAGGCUAUGGAAUGGAAAAUUCCAGUCCAAAGCCCUUAGCUGGUGUACCAAGCUAGUUUUUUUUCUUCCUAUAUGGGGUGAAAAACUGUUCAAAAUAACUGCUGACAAAUGCUUUUAAGUUAAAAUUUGAAGACGUAAUUUGGUAAUGUGAAGAUUGGUUGUUUAUUGUCGUCAAAACCGAAGACGCUUUAGUCAUUUUUGUAUGACCUAAGCUGCAUGCAGAUGGAAUGACUACAGGGUGACUGAAACCAAGCUGCAUUGAAGUGCUCAGACACUAAGUCAUUGGAGCUAUUCUAGUUCUACCCAGUGUUCUAGUAUGAAAAUGUCACUGUCAUUUUUAUGUCAUGAUGUCAUUUAUAAGCUGAAGUGCUUGGUAGGAUUCUUCCAUAAAACCAAGGCUGAUGUUUAGUCAGACAUGUAUGUAUUUCAGUCAACUGAUAAUGUACUUCAGUAGGUGUCAAAACUGCCCAAUUAAAGGUCAGCCUAUAUCACUCAUCAGUAGAAGAAAAACAAAAACAAAUUACAAAUUCAAAGCUUCAAUUUAGUUUCUAUCUCACAAAAAUAUAUUAAAAGUGUAUUUUUACAUAUUCUUAUUUAGUGGUUUUCCGUUAAAGGUGGGAAAUUCAGAAUUGCUGCCCGAUUUUUAUUUAUUUUAUUUUUCAUUCUGAUUUUAACAGAAAAUAAUUGUUCAGACGUACACAAUCUCGUCUUUGAAUUGCAUGAAGAGAUACAACUAAAACAUUUAUAUAUUUAAAAAAAAAAUCUGUCUUCAAAAUACACAAGAAUUGUUGUAAUGUGAAAUUUUGCUGUAGCACAAAUACUUGCAAAAUAUUCCAGAGUGAAAAUAUCUUUAUGACCUCUUAAAACAAUCUAGGGCUAAAUAUAAUGACAAAAAAAUAAUAAUACUUGAUGGUUUUCCAGUGUGUUGUAUUUGUAUCAUGUUGUUGUUGUUGUGUUACUGUCUUGACAAAACCAAGGACAUCAUCAGAGCUGCGAUUUUAUCAUUAUUUUAUUUUUUAAUAAGAUGUUAUCCGAGUCUUGCAAUACUCUAGUGCUUGUGAGGAAGUCCAGCACUUCAACACAAGUGCUUCUGAGCAAAAAAAGAAAAAAAGAAAAAGAGAGCUUGGGGAAAAGGAGGACGGGAGUGUUUUAUGUUGUUGUCCUGAUAUAGCUGCAUGACUAGGACGUGUGCGGGAGCCUUAUGUGAAGAGAGUGCUGGAAGAGGGUUUCAUGUGUCUCUUGACAAAGACAACAUGGCCAAGCCACAGCUUUGUGCUGCAGAGAAAGGUAGUUAUGCAUCUACCUUAGACUCGAGAGGCCAGAAUACGGCACUGUGGGUCAUACCUAGAUAAAUGGGUGAAACAGUGUGGGAAAAAAAAAACAGAUUGGAAUUUGAAAGGAUCAUUUUUGAACUGAAUGGAUUUUCAAAGCAAUUGUUAGAAACAUCCUGGCUUUAAUGCCAUUUCUCUCCAUUUCUGCCAGCUGAUUUUCAAGAAUUGACACUCCAACCUUCAUGGACUGAUCUUUUGUGUAUUGUGCUGCAAGUUGUGUGAUUUCAUUGUGUUUCUCUUCAGUGACAGACUUUAGAUGCUCUGUGGGUCAGUGAUGUUUCAAUCAGUAGAAAAAUCAACAAUAGAACUCUUGUCAAACUGUCUUCGCAAUACAACUGUCUUCCUGUUGACGGAUUUAAGCAAAAAUAAAGUGAAAUCUUUAAGA